AUGUAGUUAUCUAAAAAAUUUGAAGAAUUUUAAGACCUUGAUCCAAAUGAACAUUUUCCUUAAAGGCGAGUAUCAAGAACUAUAGGUUAUUAGAAUAGUGAAUCUAUUCAAGAAGAAGAUGAGGAACAGUCUUCUUCUAGUAUGAAUUUACCAUAACCAAAAAAUUCAUUUAUGAUUUCUUCAAUCAAAUAGCCAGUUGAUUUUUCUGGAAGUGAUAUGAAAGUACCUACAAUUUAUACAAAUAUGCAUUCAAAUAAAAAUUUUGAUAAGAACCCUUUUAAAUAAGAUUCAAAAUAAAGAGUUGAUAAUAGUGGUAGUGUAUUGAUUGAUGUAUCAGUAUUGGACCCAUAAGAUUCAUUAUAAUCUGAAUCUGUAAGAAUGAAGAUUUAUUUUAUAGCUACAAUCAGAAUUGAUGGAUAAAAAUAAUAAAUCUUCCACACUUAAUUCAUUUCAUGUGAAGAAUUUAGUGACUAAAUUUGUUCAGAAGAUGAAAAGAAAUAUUAAUUGGAAUUAAUUAAAAGACAUUACUUUAAUUGAUGAUUAAACAUCAAGUAAAUAUUUUUUAAAUAUCAAUAGUCUAACCCUAAUUAUAUAAAUGGUUCACAAUUUCAUAUUUCAUUUUGACUUCUCUUAUCAUACUUGCAUCAUCAAUAUUUAUACCUAUACACAUAGCUAAAGAAUCAGGUUUUGAAAUUCCUGCAUAUUUAACUCAUUGUUUAGCAAUAAUUCAAAUAAUUGCUGAUAUUUAUUUUAAGAGAGGACCUUUUCAUUUGAGUGAAGGUAAGUUUAAUACUGAAUAUGUUGAUUAAACUAAAUUAGCCUUAGAUUUUAGUAGAUUAGCAUCAGCUAUAGUUUUAAUCUUUCCAUAUUAAUAUGAACUCAAUUACAUCAUUAUACCUUAUAUCAUAAUGUAAUUGAUUAGACAAGCAGAACGUUUUGAAAAUAUAUACAAUUCUACGUAAUUAAUAAUUUACAUAUUAAUUCUUUGGGUGGCAUUAAUUAUGACAUUUGCUUGUUUAUUAGAAUCUGAUGAAGGUAUAAAUUAUUCAAUUACUUUGGCUGUCUCUAUAUUGACUCAUAAUGGUGCUAUAUCUAUUGAUGUCACUCAUUCAAAUGCCUUACUCUUACAAAGUUUUAUGAUUAUUAGUUCAUUCACUAUGAUUUAUACAGCUUCAGCAAUUUUCAUUUGGAUUAAACCUGUAAUGAAAUUAGAAGAAGAAAAAGAAAAACAUUUAGCUUCAUUUUUAAAUGGAAUUAAAGAUAAAAAAAUUGAUUAUGGAUUACAAUGUCGUUGUUACUCUUAUUUAGAAUAUGUAAUUGAUGUAAUGCCAAUCUAUUAUCUAAGGUUAGGAAGACAUCAUUAAGACAAGAGAUCUAUUAUCUAAAAAGUUGUCACCUGGUCUUUAGGAAGAAUUAUAAGUUUCCAUUCGUUCUAAGAUGGUUGAUAAAAUUAGAUUAUUUGAUAAAUUUUCAUCCAGUUUGAAGUAAUAAUUAAUAUAUUGGUUUGAUAUUGCAUAAUACAAUCCUGAAGAGAAUAUUGUUUAAGUAUGAGAAUACAUUUUAAAUUAUAUUAGGAACAUUAAGUUGAAGAUUUCUGUCUCUACUUUAUUUUAAAAGGAAAAGUUAAAAUACAAUUUUAGGGAUACUUUUAAGGUAAACCAAAAAGGACAUUUCAUACAUUAUAAGAAGGAUAAACCUUUGGGGAAUUUUCAUUCAUAACUGGAAUUCCUCCUUAUAUUUCAAUUAAUAGUUAAGGAUUAACUACAGUUUUAAAAUUGAGAAGAUCUGAUUUCUUAGAAAUAAUUAAGACUUAUCCUUAAGACAAUGAGAUGUUUUGUUUAUUCAAAGAUAAUUGUUACUAGAAUCAUAAUAUGUUUGAAUGCAAUUAUUGUAAAAUCAAAGGUCAUUUAUUAUUUGAAUGUCAAUACUUAUAGUAUUAUCCAAAAAAAAUAAACGUAAUUGAAAAACAUAUAUACCCUCAUCCAUAAUAACGGUUUAAAAUUGAAAGAAGAAAUAAAGAACCUAAGGCUUUGUUAAUGCUAUUUGUUGUAGGGGAACGAGCCAAACAAUAUCAAUAGAAAUUAUCAUAAGAAGUUAUGACAUCUGAAGACUUUCCUAUGUCAUCUCAAUUACCUUAUAGUGAAAGUAUUUAUACUCUUGAUAUAAAUAUAUAUUAAAUCUACAUAGAUUAGACCUAACAAUCCGCAAGCUAUUUGAGUAAAACCCAAUCCGUGCACAAAUAUAGUCCUGAAUAAUUAAGUGAUAAUCCAGACAGUGAAGAAGAUCAACUCUAUGAAGAAUUAGCCAUCGAUCCAGUACUUAAUAAUUAGUUAAGAAAAUAAUAAAACAAAACUACUUUAAGAACUGCAGGAUUUCCCUUUAUGUCUGAAACAUUAGGUAUUUCUAUCUAAUAAAUUAACUCUAGAAAACUUACAUAAAGAGAAAUUGCAAGUUAUUACUGAAUAAUCUUAAAGUAAGUAAUUUGACUCUCUUAAUUCAAAAUAAGAGGAUACUAAUUAAUUAAGCAAGUAAAGUAGUGGUUCCUAAGCAUUUGCUAAGAAGAAUCAUCUCUAUAGUGCUGCUCGUUCUAUGCAUGCCAAACUUACAUUUCGUUAUUAACAAUAACAAUCAGGAUAAAUAGAUGAUCAAUUUCAAUAUCAAUAAUAACAAUAAUAGAAUUCAAUCAGAUAAACAUCAAAUCGUUCUAAUACAUAUUCCAAUCCUCUAUCUAAUAAUUUAUCUAAUAAUCCUUCAAGUAAUUCUAAGGCUAAUACUAAAUCUGCAAGAGUCUCUCCAACAUAAUUUCAAUAACCUCCUCCUUAAAAAAAGAAGGAGGAAAGAGGAUCUCAUAGUGAUUAAUCACUUUCAGAAUAAUAAAGACAUACAAACAGAAAGAAAAGUACUAAAACAGGAACAAAAGUGAGUAUUCUCAAUUAGAUGUCACAGUUCUAAAUAAUUAACACUCCAGAGGUAUUCAAUUUAAUUUAUUAAAAGAAUCAUCACUAUUAAUAUAAUGAUAUUGUAUUUAACAGAUUUGAAAAGAUGCAUUUAUUUAAGUAUUAUAAUCCACAUAAUAACUACAAUAAUGUAAUUAUAAGGUACAAUUUAUAAUCAAAGAAUAGAAUGAACAAAUUCCAUAGAACAAAGAAAAGUAAGCCAAUUCAUUACACUAUAAAAUGUUUUGUAUCUUCAAAAAUAAGGAGAGUAAAAAAGAUUUUGGAUUCUUAGUUAUGA